AUGUCGAUAUUAAAAGCUCGGGAUAUUUCCAGCGCAAAACGGGUGUCGCAAUGGGAGGAGUUGAUGCGGAAGUUUUCCGAGGCUCACAAGGAACAGUGCAAAACAGUUUCCCUGGAUAUACCCCGGGUCCAGCGAUCAGUCAAGCAGUUCCCAACGGGGUCACAGUACGAGGGUACCUGGGAUGUUCUCGGCAUGAGCGGAUAUGGAGUGUAUAAAUUUCCCAACGACGUUAUAUACGAGGGUGAAUUUGAUGAUGGAUUAUUUCAUGGAGAAGGUGAGCUGAAGUACCCCAGCGGAGAAAUUCUUCGUGGCAAGUGGAAGAAAGGUGCUCUUAUUGAUAAGACACUUAUCUUUGCUGACGGAUUGGAGUAUGAUGAUAUCGAUUGGUCGUAUUGCAGAAUGCCUGAUAGGAGAUUUACUAUCGAACAUAACAACGGCCUACAACCAGCUGGCCAGUCUUACAUGACCCCAGAACAGCCGUCACGUGAAGUUCCCCAGGGUUAUUACGAUACUGGUGAUGGAUUCUAUGAUCCAAAGACGAAGGUCAUUUACAGUGUGCAUGACUUGACCGCUAUCAUAAGGUCCCCAUCAGUUCGUGAGCAGCGAUGGAUUAUAGACAACUGCCGCUCCAAUCCUAUCCCAAAACUGGGUCCCCGCAAGGACCUCUAUGAGGAGUGGGUGGAACCGAUGCUUCAUCUACCAAACAAUUCUCGGCAAGACUCAAUGCCGUUUAUGGCACCUAGCAAGUCAACUCCUUCCUUCGGACAGGAUUAUGAUUCCGUAUAUGAAUUUGGAAGCUGUUAUUGGAGAAAAACUUCGGAAGGAGCCUGGAAUAAGCGAUUUAUUAAUUUUGAACCUACUGUCGACUAA